AUGGCCUCAAACGUAUUGCUCAUUGUGGCGUUUGUGUUGUUACUCGCAGUUUACAUGGAGUAUCCUCCGCCAGCUUUCUCUCAAGAAUUAACAUCAUGGUCUAAUAAAGGAAAGUUUAUGGUCCUCUUUGGGCAGAGAGUUUUCUACGUUGAUGUGGCCACAUUUGAAAAAAAAUUUCAAAAGAAAGAAGGAAUGUAUUCAAUAAAACAUCAAACCCGAGUUGUUGGAAGUCUUUUAAAAGAGUUGAAGAUCACAGAUGUGCACAUAUUAACUCAUGAUCUUGGUGUUUCAAUUGCUUCUGAACUUUUAUCUAAGUAG